CAUGGACGUCACUCAGGUCUGUGUUGGUGGACAGACUGUUACAGUUGCUGUAACCUGGAGUAAUUCACACAUCAGUGGAUAGAGGUUUAAGUCAAACCAAGCUAAAUUCUAAUUGAUUCAUUUAUUCCGUCUCUCUCUGUGUGCAACAAGAUUCUGUAUUCUCCAGUGUGGCCAAGAACAUUGUCGUGUCAUCUAUGAAUGGAUACAAUGGCACCAUUUUUGCCUAGUCUGUCUGAUUUCGACAAUUUCACUGAUGACCAACUGGGGGGUUAUCCCUCUAUGUUUUGAGUACCUGUUGUUCCUCAUCAGCAAGGAGGUAGAAAGGUCUGGAAAUGCCAAGAGCUUCCUGUGCAAUUGCUCCUUCAUUGAGAUCUACAACGAGCAGGUUUAUGACGUGCUGGACAGCGCUUCAGCCAGCCUGUUCCUCAGAGAGAACAUCAAGAAGCGGGUGUUUGUGGAAGGGGCUGUAGAAAAUGUUGUCACUUCAGCUGCUGAAGCUAACCAGGUGCUGUCAAUGGACUGGUGUAAUAGGUGUGUGGCUUCUAUCUCCAUGAACAGGAAGUCAUCGCAGUCCUAUGUAGGCUUCACCAUGACUUUGCAGUCCAAGGAGGUGGAGGUGGUGAACAUCCGCACAUCCCAGCUGAACUUGGUGGACCUGGCUGGGCUAAACUUCGUCUAA